AUGAAGGCUGUUAGCAUAGUUUUUGCAGCAGCAAUCUGCAUCUUUAGUGUGAGUUUGAAUAAUAGUGAUGAUAAUGACGGUGAUGAAGAAAAUAUUAAUUUAAGUAUUGCGAAUAAUUUCCUAUCCAAAUACGGAUACAUGUCAAAAGUUUCGGAAGGUGCAUCACAUGCAGAGUUUAAACCUUCUGUCAAGAAAGCCUUAAAAGAAUUUCAAGAAUAUUACAAGCUACCUACGGAUGAAGAAUUCUAUGAUGACACUUUUGCGUUUAUAAUGAGACCUAGAUGCGGAAACGAAGAUAUUUUGAGCUCCUAUUCGGUAGCACCCUAUAAAUGGGAAAAGAAAACAAUAUAUUAUUAUCUUGCAUAUAGUGAUUAUCGCGCGCUAGCCCGCACUAAAGAAGCUUUCCAAACUUGGGGAAGAUAUGCAAAUUUAAAAUUUGCGUAUAAAACUUCUGGAUAUGAUAUAUUAAUAACAUUUCAAAACCUCAAUCAUUCGAUGUAUUUAAAUCCCCAUUCCACAUGUCAACGGACCUUAGACGGUCGAGGUGGCGAACUAGCACAUGCCAACUUUCCAACACGCAGUCAGACUCCGAUAGAAAUACAUAUGGAUUGGGGUGAGGCAUGGUACUUUGAGGAUUCAAAUAUACCGCCUGCAGAUUCAACUAGCUACUAUGCGGUUUUAGUUCAUGAAAUAGGUCAUGCACUGGGAUUAGAACAUUCGAAGGAUGAAGAUGCAAUUAUGUUUCCCUAUAUAACUCGCGGUAAACAUGAUUUGAGCGCUGAUGAUAUCGUAGGUAUACGGAAGCUAUAUCCCAAUGAAGAAGGCACAACUACUUCUACUACUACUACUACUACGAAAACUACAAGUACCACUGCUGAUACUACUCCGAAGAAAAAACAAGUGUCAUCUAGUGAACCACCCGAUUUGUGCGCAAUUCAAGUGGAACACUUUUUAAUUUUAAACAAACGAAUUUAUAUGUUUUACAAACAUUGGGUGUGGAUAUCAGCUUUAGGUAGUAAUUACAUUGAGACCGCGAAGAAUUUAUUCGAAUGGCUGCCGUUCCUUCCGAAAUCUUUCGAACGUUUCGACGCGAUAUAUCAGAAACCUAAUAGUGACAUUAUAUUCUUUAGCGGAGGUAAAAUUUACAUAGUGCAGUUCCCUAGUUUACAAUUGCUAGCUGGAUGGCCUCAGCCAUAUCAUCGAUUUGGGAUCCCAGGUGCAGUGAACGCUGCAUUUAACACUUAUUCUGGACGCGCACUUAUUUACCAUGGCUCGAAUGAAGUGAUCGAGUUUGAUGAUUGCAAUAAUAAACCGAAGAAUCGAUUGAUAUACAGUCAAACAUUUCCUUACAUCCCCAACAAAUUGACAUCCGUGUUUAAAUAUAUUGAUGGUUAUCUCUACUUUAUUGAUAACAACAAUAAAUUUUAUAAAUAUAGUGAAUUUUCGGAGCAGGUGACUCAAACAGGAAUCCUGGAUUUAUCUUUAUUCAAGAUUCAUUGCGCUAAUAAGGGGCUACUAGAACAGCUUUAUGAUGUAUUAUCUAAUCUCAUUAAAUUUGAUAAGCAUGUUAAACCUUAUUUACAACCUAGACGUAAUUAA